AUGUCCGAUAUCACGAGGGAAGAUCUGAUGCAAGUCCCGCUUGACCAGAAGCUUCAGUCGGAAGCGCAGUGGAGGGUCUGGAUAGGCCAUAUCAAAUCAGCGGCUGUUGCAGAAGAUGUGUGGGAUUACCUUGAUCCUGAGAAGGCGGAUGACGAAGUUCUGCAGGUGCCUGAGGCUCAGGAAGAGCCCUCGUUACCCCGGGAUAACCGCCAGCGGGAGAGAGAUAUCAUGGACCUAGAAGAUGCGGAGCUCAAGAGAUACACGUUCACUGUUCAAGCGUACGAUCGCCGCGAUCAGCGCAGACAGAGGUUAUUAAAGACUAUGUCACGAUUAAACAGCCUCAUCACCCGUUCGUUAGCCACGGAUCAUCACUACCUCGUCGUGGGCGAGGAUUCACCGCGGAAGAAGUUGAUGAAGCUAUCCGAAACGUUUAAACCAAAGCCUCAGAAUCGCCAGCAGCAACUUCGUCGUGCUUGGAGAGAGAUGAUCAGGCAGAGGCCUCAAGGGGAUACUAACCACUGGUUGACCCAGUGGGUUAGCCUAUUCGAAGAAGGCAAGAUCGCGGGUAUACCUGACUGCUCUAACGGAGACCAUUUCGCGAUACGAGACUUCUUGGACGCUAUACAACCGGUUGAUGAUACUUGGUGCACAGCCUGGCGCGAAAAGCUCGCAGAUCAGGAGAAAUCUGUCACGUUUCAUGAGGUUAUAGCUAGCUACCGUAGCCGCCGGGGUGAUCUCGCGAUCUCCGGGGGACGGAAGCAGCCAAAGAUAGCUCUGGCUUCGUUAAACGGUGAACCGGAGGCUAAGCCCGCGGAGAGGACCUACCGGAAGAAAUGCCCGUGCGGUAACGCUCAUCCUCAGCACCAGUACUCUACGUGCUUCUACCUCAAUGAAUCACUUCGACCGGAGGGCUGGAAGCCACGGGAGGGUACUCUUCAACGGAUUCCUGAUCCCUAG